CUCUCCUCCAGCUGGACUGAAGAAGCGCUGCUGCUGCUGCUGUCAGAGCGCCGAGGCUGAGGUGAUGGAGAGCGCUCUCGCAGCUGCCCGGUCUCUCUAAUACAGCGCGUUUAACAGCGCCUCUUCUUAAGGAUGGACGGCAAUGUCUUCCCCGACCAAGAGCAGCUGCUGGUUUUCCUGAAAAAGCUCAAAGAAGUGUUCGACGUGUGCGACGAGGACGCAGACGGGUAUAUUCGCGUUGAGCACUUCGUGGACCUCGGUCUACAGUUCGGCCAAGGAGAUGAAGUGAAGAAGUUUGCCAAGUACCUGGAUCCCAAUGCUCAUGGCAGAAUUAACUUCAAAGAUUUCUGUCAUGGAGUGUUUGCAAUCAAAGGCUGUGAGGAGAUCCUGAAAUCAGCACUUGGGACCCCCAACAUCAGUGCACAACCAUACCAGACGGACAAUGGCUACUACUAUCAGCACGGGGAGGGGAGUCUGGGACCCCCGAUCAUUGUGUGCACGCGGCCAUACCCAGAGUGCCAGCUGUAUUCUGAUGAGGAAGCAAUGGGCGGACGGGACGUGCAGGAGGCAGACAUGGACAGUGCAGGAGACAGUGGGGCAGGGUCUGAAUCUUCUGAAGGAGGACGUCAUGAUGAUAAAGAAGAAGGACUGGGUGGACUCUUUCUACGUGGAAACAGCUGUGGUCAGAUGGUGUCGUCAGCAGCCGCUUCAGUAAUCUCAGUGGAGGAGCAGUUUGAGGACUAUGGAGAGGGAGAAGAUGUGGACUUCACUCCCAGCAGCCCCAUCCCUGAUGAUGACACACGUACCAAUGGUUUCUCUGACUUGGGCUCCUCUCUGCCCUCCAGUGCUGGCCAGACCCCUCAGAAGAUCAGGCACCUGUACAACAGUGAGCUUCUGGAUGUUUACUGCUCUCAGUGCUGCAAGAAAGUCAACCUGCUCAAUGACCUAGAGGCCAGACUCAAGAACCUCAAAGCUAACAGCCCAAACAGGAAAAUUUCCAGUACAGCAUUUGGUCGUCAGCUCUUCCACCACAGUAACUUCAGCAGCAGUCAGGGCAGUACAGAGGACCUGUUCAGAGACAGCAUCGACUCCUGUGACAUUGACAUCACUGAGAAGGUGAGUUAUUUGGAAAAGAAGAUAACAGAGCUUGAGAACGACAGUCUGGCUAAUGGAGAUUUGAAAUCCAAACUUAAACAGGAAAACACACAACUAGUUCACAGGGUACAUGAGCUGGAGGAGCAGAUCAAAGAUCAGGAGACACGUGCAGAGCAAUGUUUAGAGGAGGAGCUGAAGAGACACAGAGAGGCCUACAGUAAGAUGGAGAGAGACAAGAGUACUGAGAUUGAAAUGCUUAGUAACAGGGUCCAACAGCUAGAAGAGGAGAAUGCAGAGAUGAAAGUGAAUGUGUGCAGACUCAAGUCUCAAACUGAGAAACUGGACCAGGAGAAGCAACGUAUGACAGAUAAACUGGAAGACACAAGCCUGCGUUUGAAGGAUGAGAUGGAUCUGUACAGGAAAAUUAUGGAUAAACUUUGGCAGAACAGACAUGAGUUUCAGAAGGAGCGAGAGGCCAUGCAAGAGCUGAUUGAGGACCUGCGGCGUGAACUGGAGCACCUCCAGCUCUUUAAACUGGAGGCUGAGAAGCCCGGCCGUGGCCGUAACACCGCGGGACUGUCCGAGUACAACGCCAAGACUCGAGAGAUUGAACUGGAGCAUGAAGUGAAACGGCUUAAGCAGGAAAACCAUAAACUCCGAGACCAGAACGAUGAUCUGAAUGGACAGAUUCUCAGCCUCAGCCUUUACGAGGCCAAAAACCUGUUCGCAUGUCACACCAAGGCCCAGUCACUGGCAGCAGAGAUAGACAAUGCCUCCAGAGAUGAGCUGGUUGAAGCUUUGAAAGAACAAGAGGAGAUCAACUUCCGUUUAAGGCAGUACAUGGACAAGAUCAUCCUGGCUAUCCUCGAUCACAACCCCUCCAUUUUAGAGAUCAAGCAUUAGGCUCCUGAGAGUGGAUAGAGGACUCACAGUCGGCAGAGAGCUCCCCCUUCAGGCCAGGGGUGUGAAAUGCACCACCUCUGCCCCCUUACACCAAGUCAUCAUGUAUUUACAGAGCAAGUUGCUGUCGAAAUGAUCGUGUCUCUCAUGUGCUCCGUCUCACACACGUGGGUCACGGUUUCCGUCACUACUCAUGUCAUCACGCUGUAGAAAUGACAAAAACAUGUGAUGAAACUGGAAUCUAGAGUAGAAGUGUACUUUUCACUCUCAGUUAUAUACACUCUACCUCUGAGUAUGUACAACUCAGUGUUGUAUUCUACACAUUAACUAAACAAGUAGAAUUAUAUUAAAUAUCACACGAUCACACCAUAUAGGAGAGCUAUACGUGCACCCUAUGGCAUGUGGGGUUUAUUAACAUUAUUUGAGCAUUUAAUCAGCCCUCAAGAAUUUCUUUAUAAAGUGCUGUUUGUCUAUGACGUCUUAACAAUCCAGCACUGAAUCAAUGGACAGAGCAAUAGGAAGCCAUACUGUAAUAAUCAGCAGAAAAGGGAAUUUCUUUUGAAUGUUCUCUGCCAACAUACAUUGUGGUCUGCUGUUGAAACAAUAAUAAAAUCAUGUCAGUCCAUCCCAAGAUGCACUGCUGUUAAUGGCUGACGCUUCUAACUAACGGGUCUGUACUGACCAUCAGCAUCCUUUGACUGAGGGGUCACAUGUAGAGAAGCACAAGUGAACUAUGUGCGUACAGACCACACAGUUAUACAAUAUAGUAUAUACGUAUAGAAAUAAAACUCUAUUGAAAAUGUGAAAAAGAAAGGUUUAUUUUUCUUAGAUGUUCGGAUGAAAUGGUCCGCUGAAGUUUAAGGAAGAGGUGGAUGUUAUACAUAAUGAGUGAGAGGUAAAUGAUUAUGAUAUAAUGAAGUCUUCUUGUUUAACAAGAACUACAAAAGCCACAAAAUUGUGGACAUAGUACAGUCUGGUUAAAACAUUAAGAUCAUGGUCAAUGUCUGUACUAGAACAAUGCAUUGUCUAAAUUCAAACAUAUGCAAAUCCAUAUAUAAAAAAGUUUAUAUACAUAUAUAUAUACACUACUGUUAAAA